AACAUUCUCUACUGGUCCCUAGUCUCAAGAGUGGUGAACCCCUGCACCUAGCAGGUUCUCUGGGAAAAAAAAAUCCAUGGGUGACAGAAGAUUUAUUGACUUCCAAUUCCAAGAUUUAAAUUCAAGUCUCAGACCCAGGCUGGGAAAUGCAACUGCCAAUAAUACUUGCAUUGUUGAUGAUUCCUUCAAGUAUAAUUUGAAUGGUGCUGUCUAUAGUGUUGUAUUCAUUCUGGGUCUAAUAACCAACAGUGCCUCCUUGUUUGUCUUCUGCUUCCGCAUGAAAAUGAGAAGUGAGACUGCUAUUUUCAUCACCAAUCUGGCCCUCUCUGAUUUGCUUUUUGUCUGUACCCUACCUUUCAAAAUAUUUUACAAUUUUAAUCGCCACUGGCCUUUUGGUGAUACCCUCUGUAAGAUCUCAGGGACUGCGUUCCUCACCAACAUCUAUGGGAGCAUGCUCUUCCUCACCUGCAUUAGUGUGGAUCGUUUCCUAGCCAUUGUCUAUCCCUUCAGAUCUCGUACCAUCAGGACCAGGAGGAAUUCCGCCAUUGUGUGCGCUGGAGUCUGGAUCCUAGUCCUCAGUGGUGGUAUUUCAGCUUCUUUGUUCUCCACCACUAAUGUCAACAAUGCGACCACCACUUGCUUUGAAGGCUUCUCCAAACGUGUCUGGAAGACAUACCUGUCCAAGAUCACUAUAUUCAUUGAAGUUGUCGGGUUCAUCAUUCCUCUGAUAUUGAAUGUUUCUUGUUCUUCUGUGGUGCUUAGAACCCUCCGCAAGCCUGCAACAUUGUCUCAAAUUGGGACCAAUAAGAAAAAAGUGUUGAAGAUGAUCACAGUGCAUAUGGCAGUUUUUGUGGUAUGCUUUGUACCAUACAACUCUGUUCUCUUUUUAUAUGCCCUGGUACGUUCCCAAGCCAUUACUAAUUGCUUAUUGGAAAGGUUUGCAAAGAUCAUGUACCCAAUUACCUUGUGCCUUGCAACUCUGAAUUGUUGCUUUGAUCCUUUUAUCUAUUACUUCACUCUUGAAUCUUUUCAGAAGUCCUUUUAUAUCAACACACAUAUAAGGAUGGAGUCCCUGUUUAAGACUGAGACACCUCUGACCCCGAAACCUUCCCUUCCAGCUAUCCAAGAGGAAGUUAGUGAUCAAACAACAAAUAAUGGUGGUGAAUUAAUGCUGGAAUCCACCUUCUAGGUACCAGAAUUUUCUUUCAGGUUCAGCUACAGUGUUUCUUAUGAUUUUUUUUCCUACGCUAUAAAUAAGAGAAACAAAUUGAAGCUAAUUAUACUGAGAAUAGAUUAAUGUACCAAAUGCAGUCAGAUACAUUUGUUUGAACACUAUUGUACAUAUUCUGUUUUGUUCAGUAAUUAUAGGUCAAGUCUAAUUACGACAACCAAAACAGAUCAGACUCUUCUGUUGAGUUGACUUUUCAUUACAUAAAUGACCAGUGGUCUUGACUUUUAGUGAUGUGGGGGUUAUUUUAAAACUUAAAAAAGGCAUUCCAGUAAUUUUGGUAAU